GACGGCGCGCGCUGGCGGCGCUUCCUGUUUGCGGCCGCUGCCGUUUGUCCCGGCGGGAGCGGCGGGAGGAAACCGGCGGGAGCGGCGGCCGCGCUGAGGAGACACCGGCGGGACUGGAAAGACUUGGCUGUUGUUACCACAAGAACUCCUGAAACAUGGUGGAUUAUUAUGAAGUUCUGGGAGUGCAGAAGCAUGCCUCAGCAGAGGAUAUCAAAAAAGCGUACCGUAAAUUGGCACUAAAAUGGCACCCUGAUAAAAAUCCAGACAAUAAGGAUGAGGCGGAACGGCAAUUUAAGCAAGUAGCGGAGGCCUACGAAGUCCUGUCAGAUGCUAAAAAACGUGACAUCUAUGACAGAUACGGAAAAGAAGGCCUAAUAAAUGGAGGUGGAGGUGGAAAUCAUCAUGAUAAUCCAUUUGAUUUUGGAUUUACAUUCCGCAACCCAGAUGAUGUCUUCAGGGAGUUUUUUGGUGGAAGGGACCCCUUUUCAUUUGACUUCUUGGAAGACCCUUUUGAGGACUUCUUCGGUGGCAGGCGGGGUCAAAGGGGAAGCAGAAGCAGAGGUGGUGGUGGAUCAUUUUUCUCUGCCUUUGGUGGAUUCCCUGCUUUUGGAAGUGCUUUCUCUCCAUUUGAUGCAGGUUUUACUUCGUUUGGCUCCCUGGGACAUGGAGGCCUUAGUUCAUCAUUCUCCUCUACGUCAUUUGGUGGCAGUGGAAUGGGAAACUUCAAAUCAGUAUCAACCUCAACUAAAAUAGUUAAUGGCAGAAAAAUUACUACAAAGAGGAUUGUUGAGAAUGGACAUGAGAGAGUAGAAGUUGAAGAAGAUGGCCAGUUAAGGUCACUAACAAUAAAUGGGGAGGCAGAUGAAGAAGCCUUUGCCGAGGAGUGCAGACGGAGAGGACAACACGCGCUGCCCUCCCAGCCCAGCAACCUCCGCCUGCUGAAGCCCCACAAGCCUGGCAGCUCCCCCCGCUUUGCACAUUACAGUAGUGAUGAGCUGGAAGAACAAGACAAGAGCCGGGUUAUGAGCGGCUUCGAGGCCCCUAUUUAUUUAUCAGGAUACAAAGAAGGCAGCAAGAGGAGGAAGCAGAAGCAGAGAGAGGAACUGAAGAAGAAGAAGUCAACCAAAGCGAGUUACUAAAAUGGACUUCUCCGCUAUGCCAAUACCUUUAAAAUAAUGACAACAACUUCAUGUACCUUCGAGCACACCUCUUUUUUGUGUAUAUUUUUUGAUUGUUCACACUGCUACCAAGGAAGUGACUCAUGUUUAAAACUGUACUAAAAUUGCACUAUGUUAUUCCUUUUAGUUUCACGGAGUGGCUUUCUUGCCCGUUCAGGUUGGGGAAUUCAGACGAGGCAGGUCGUGGUUAGACUGUGUUACGUUGGAAGAUUGGAAAGAGUUACAGAAUUUCUUACCUCUUCCUUCCCUGGGACUAAGGCAACUCUAGUCUAGUGUUUGUUAUUUGUCUUGUAGGAUAUAAAAGGCAAAUGCCUGCUUGUUUGGUCACUGGCAUCAAAUCAGGCCUGUUGAAAGAAGAGUCCUGUUCACUCAUGUUGGGAGUGGGACUGAGACAUGAGCUCUUAUAGGGUAAUUUAUGUAAGAUUAAUAAGUGACUUUUAUGGUUGGGUUUUUGGUUUUUUUUCCUCCAGGCUGGACAGUUCUGUCUCUAUUGAAAUGCUCCCUCAUUAAAUUGCAUCUUGAAGUUAUAUCUUCUGAUUUUAAGAAAUGUAGUGUAAUGAUGGUCUCCUGUAAGCACUCCUACUGAUUUCUUUAGGCUUAGUUGACUCCUGAUGAAUCAUUUAGUGAAAUCAUUCCUUAUUUUAAAAGUUUGUUUUCAGAACCUAGAGACAAAUGAUCCAAGUGCUACUUUAAAACUGUUCUUUGUUUCUCCUGAGUAGGUUUUAGAUAACAAACAUUUUUUCAGCAUCCCUUUUAGAUUUUAUCAACUUGUUUCUGCAAAGAACUUAUACCUUUAUGUAUGAAAGCAUUUUGCAUUCAUUUUAUUGCAGGACUAUUUUUUUCUAGCUUGAAAAGAUGUCUUAGAUUUAAAAGAAAUACAUAUUUCCUGGCAAGAUGACUUCCUUGCUUCACAUACUCGUCUCAUGUGCAUGACACAUUGCUUCUCUUAACCUUUUAGUGUGUACAGAGCCCCUCUGUUGUUGCCUUAAGCAUUCACCUGCAUGUUUCUUGUCAGUGUGUUGUCUCCUUUUUUAACCUCCAGGUAGGAGUUAGCAGCUUAUGGUUUUGUUUUGUUUCCUUUGUCUUCCUCUCGCCAAUGUGUUGUUGAUGUAACAGCCUUAAACCUGGCAAUAUUGAAAGUCCAGAGUUCCUGGAGAAACUCACUCAUCCUAACGUUUCAAAGAUGCAGGAAUGCACAUAAUGGUGUAAGAGAGAAGCUAAACAGAAAAGCCAAAGUCUGCAUUCUAGCAUGGUUUGAUAUAACAAAUUCUGGUGUCUCUGGUAUCUGAAUGGUUUAGCUUCAAUUACCCAAUGUAACCCUCUGCAGGCACCAUAUAACACACAAUAACCAUUUGUGAACUCUCUUAGGGUCUGUAAAUUAUGGUUAAAAUUAAAUAAGGACUGAGUACUGGUUUUCUGUCACUUAAGUACCACUUUUUUUUUUUUUGUGCAGUGUUACUAAUAUUUAAAAAUAAAGAAAAUCUGCCUUUA